CAGAGGUAACAAAAAAUUUGACUUGUAAACGUUUUCUAAGAAUGGACGAAGAAAAGGACCAUCAAAAUACAGAAAAUGAUCGAAUUUGCUAUGGUAUAGUCGGAAACAUUCUAACAGAGCUUCAUUCAGCUGAUGUUCGUGCGUUCUUUUCCCAGUUUGUGGAGGAGAAGGGGUUCUUGUGUUUUCAUUAUCGACACAGACCCGAAGUUCAAAAAGAUGACAAGCAAAGAAAUUCUACGCAGGACAAGAAGGAAAUUCCAAAUACUUGCUGUUGUAUCGUAAAACUAUACGAGGACAAAAUGGACGGGUUUAUUAAGGCGUAUAAUGGGGAAAACUGGGUUGAUAAAACGGGAAAAUUGUUCAGUCAAAAAGCUCGUAUUUCAAAAAUACGAUUGAAUUGCAUCUUUGAUGAUAGUGAAAGUCAUUACCUAACAAAACAAGAAAAACUACAGAACACAAGAACCAGAGAAGAAUUUGCACAAGAUGACUUGAAAAGGCUCCCAGAACUUAACCCUCCAUCUGUUAUGCCAAAUGGCAAUGUUGGAACACCUUUGUGCGUUUUCAUAGACCUAAUUCGAAAAUGCAAAUUUCCUCCACACUUGAUUAAGAAAUUGGGAUUGACUUUUCCAAGAUGUAAGAAACGAAAAUAUGGGAAUGUGCCAUUUGAUUAUGGAUAUCUGGGAGGAAAUGAUGAACAAAAUGAUGACAAUGAUGAGAGAGUUGAUUCUCGGCUAUCUCAUGAAUCAACAUUAGAAAUACCAAAGACUACUGAUGUUAAGGAAACUGGUGAAAAAAGUGUAGACAGCAAAAGGGAAUUUAGAUAUGCUUGUGACAUCAAAAACUCAUCUGAUUCAAGUGAUUCCACACAAAGCACUAGUCAUAACCAAAAAUCAGACAUUCUUCGAAAACCAAGUGAAAUUUUAAACUGCAGUUAUUCUACCAACAAAAAAUCCAAGAGAUCUUUUAAGGGGAAUAAUUCUCAACUGGAUGAAAAUACGAGCGAGAAAGAUAGCUCUGAUGGUGAACUUGAGGAAUGGGACAGACAUGAAGCUCUUCACAAUGAUGUGACAAGCCAAGAAAGGACUAAAGAAAGACUCUUUGAGGAUUACAUUGAACUGAAGUGGGAAAAGGGAGGAAGUGGUCUUGUGUGGUAUACAGAUGCAGCAUUUUGGAAACAACAAGAGGAAGCUGAUUUUGAUGAAGAGACAGUGGAUGACUGGGAUGUUGAUAUGAGCAUCUAUGAGGAAGAAGAUGGUGGUGACAUGGAUGCUAGAGCUUUGCUUCAGCUAAGAUUAGAAGAACAAUGGAGAAAAGGAAAAAAUAUUGAUUUGAACAAAGUUGGAAGUUUUGAAAAACAUACCAGAGGCAUUGCAGGACAAGUCAUGAGGAAGCAAGGCUGGAAAGAAGGACAAAGUCUAGGUUCUUCGCAGGUAGGGAUAACAGAACCUAUUCCUAGUGAUGGCCAAAAGCCAAAAAGUAAAAGAGGACUGGGCUACUAUGGAGAGAAACUAAAACGAUUUCACAAGAGAGCAAGACCAACCAGAGAAGCAGUAAUUUCUACUGUUUAUGACGAGAAAGAAGAAAAAAGUGCAGAACUUUUUCAGUCUGAGGGUCCAUAUUCAAUCAAAUAUAGAGACAGUAUUGAAUUUGUGCCUGAGAAAGAAACAGCUUCUACAAAUAAAAAAUAAGCAUUUGUAUAAGUGUUUGCCUACUAAAUGUUAACAAAAAUA